UGGACGAAGAACGAUCCCGUUCGUUCGUUCGUUCUUUCGUUCAGUCGCGAUCGUGGUGGCAUCCUGUUCGUAGUAUGUGUUCGUUGUUCUACCACGAUUCUAACACGCGACCAGUUCUUACAACGUACGAGUAUGCGAGCUCUCCUUGCAAACAUGAGCCAGGGUAAUUUUACCACGGUUUAUUCUCUUAGCGUGCAAAUUUUCUCAAUCGUGCGGAUACUUUUUUCAUAAUAUUUAUCGUUAUCGUCAAAAUAUCGAACAACCUUCGCUACUCUACCCCAAAUACAAGUAAAAUUUACAAUGGGAUCGUCGAAAGAGGAACGAUAUUAUCCAGAACCGGCAGCUAUUAGGAUAACCAAAAGAAGAUCAACGGCGUGUAGGAGAACGAUGAUGACGAACCGAGACGGAGCUAGACAAAUUCUAGAAGAGAGUGAAUGGGAGAGGUGACGUAUAGUUCAGCGAUGCGCAGGAGACGUGGCCUGGCUAGUGCCGUUCUGGGCCUUACGGUGGGUCUUGUGUUCGGUCUUCUGAUCAGUGGUUAUCGGAUACUCGUGUUAAACAAUAAUAUUCAACGAUCCGGUUGGUCUUCUUAUUCUUCUUCCUCCUUCUCAUCGUCGUUGUCGUUGUCAACAAUUUCUUCCGCGUUAAGAAGAAAUUAUUCAAUGGAGGAAGAAAUAGGACCUACAGUGCGAAAUAUGCCUAAAUUGUCGGACAACGAACAUAUCAACAGUUCCUCAGACAGUCUUGUAUUCGUUGGUGUUAUGACUGCGAAAAAAUAUCUCGAUACGAGGGCUAAAGCAGUUUACGAGACUUGGGGUCAAGAAUUACCCGGUAAAAUAGCAUUUUUCUCAUCGGAAAGUUCAACGGUGCCAAAUAAUUGUCCCGAUUUACCAUUGGUGCCGUUAAACCGAGUCGACGAUAGUUAUCCACCGCAGAAAAAAUCAUUCAUGAUGUUACAAUACAUGUGGAAUCAUUAUGGGAAUCGUUUCGAAUGGUUUUUCAGAGCGGACGAUGACGUUUACGUUAGGACCGAUCGUUUGGAAAGUUUUCUUAGGUCUGUCGAUUCGAGGAAACCGAUGUACAUUGGACAAGCCGGUAGAGGUAAUUCAGAAGAAUUUGGAUUACUUUCUCUCGAAUACGAUGAAAACUUCUGCAUGGGUGGUCCUGGUAUUGUUAUAUCGAGGGAAACGCUUAAAAGAAUAGUUCCUCAUAUUAAAUAUUGUUUGAGACACCUUUAUACAACGCACGAGGACGUUGAAAUUGGUAGAUGCGUUCAGAAAUAUGCUGGGAUUCCUUGCACCUGGAGCUACGAGAUGCAAUCAAUUUUUUAUCAUAAUAGCAGCGGAAAUCAGGCGUUUACGGGUAAUCUCAAGAGAAAGGAAGUACAUCGUGCCAUUACUUUACAUCCUAUAAAAAGUUCUCCGUACAUGUACAGACUUCAUAAUUAUAUGAGGGGAUUAAAAAUACAAGAUUUGCAACAAGACAAAAUAAAAUUGCAAAGGGAUAUCUAUUCGAUGAUUGAAGAAUUGGGUAUAAAUCAUGAUCAAUUGAAAAAUUAUGAAGUUGCCAUUGGUGUACCACUUUUUCCUGUUAAUCCUUAUUCCGAGGAUUAUCCUGGUGACACGGAGACAUUAGGUGUUCCUGUUGGACUUCGUACGUUCAAACCAACCACAAGCGAUGAAGUUAUCCCAUGGGAUUUCAUUUCUAAAUCGGAAUACAGUUUGGCCGAUUUCAAUCCCAGAAGACGAAUUCACAGUGACAUUAAAGAGGCUAUGGAUGAUAAUAUUAGGGAAGUAAUGAUUAAAAUAAAUGCCUGUUCGAGACAACGUGGUCGUGUUGUCGACGAAAGAUCUGCCCUAUAUGGUUACAGAAGAGUUAAUUCUUAUGGCGCUGACACUAUUUUAGAUUUACUUUUGGUCUAUCGUAAAUUUAGAGGGAAAAAAUUGACGAUGCCGGUUAGAAGACAUAUUUAUCUUCAUCAACAUUUCACCGGAUUAGAAAUACGAGAAAUGAUAAACGACGAUGAAUUGAAAGAAGAUAAUCGUAAAAGUGAAAAUAAAUUUCUACGAAAUAUAAUACCAUCGAGAUUUUUGGAUUUUAAUUUGAAAUUAAUUAAAAGUAAGGAUCGCAACAACGAAGAUAAAAUUAUACAUUUUAUAUUACCAUUGUCAGGACGAUACGAGGUAUUUCAAAGAUUCAUUCAAAAUUACGAAGAAGUAUGUUUAACGACUGGGGAACAAACAAAAUUGUUGAUAAUAUUGUAUCGGCAUAAAACAGAAGACACUUUGAACAAAACAUUGAAUUUGAUUGAACAAUUGAAGUACAAAUAUCGGAGUGCUAGUAUCGAUGUAAUUUUAAGUAAUGGUGAAUUUGCAAGGGCCAAUGCACUGCACGAAGGUGUCAUUCGUAUGAAAGACGAUGAUUUAUUAUUUUUCAUAGACGUAGAUAUUGUUUUUACGAGUUCUGCGUUAUAUCGUAUACGAUUAAAUACAUUAAUCAAUAGACAAAUAUAUUUUCCUGUUGUAUUUAGCGAAUACGAUCCGAAAAUCGUUUAUGGUGAUUCAAAGAUACAUGACAAAUAUGUUAUUACAGAAAUCACUGGUUAUUGGAGACAAUUUGGUUUUGGUAUCGUAUCCUUAUACAAAAAGGAUUACGAUACAAUUGGUGGUUUCGAUUUAUCUAUUCGAGGUUGGGGUAAAGAGGAUGUAAUAUUUUACGAUAAAGUUGUUAAAUCAAAGUUACAUAUUUUUCGAGCAGCUGAUCCAAAUUUAAUACACGUUUUCCAUGACGUUGAAUGUGGCAAAGAACUCUCCGAUACACAAUUGUCAAUGUGUAUGGGUACCAAGGCUGACACUUAUGCAGGCCCUGAAACAUUAGCUAAAAUUAUUUAUGAAAAUCCCGAAUAUUUCAAAUUUGCCAAGGAAAGACGAUUUAAAUUAACGAAGGCUGGAUCUUGAUAAUAAUAUAUAAAAGCCAAAAGUAUAAUAAUAAUAAUAAUAAUAUAGAUAAAUAAU